AUGUCGAUUUUACUGAAAUAUACUACUGCUACUUACACUACUACUACUACUACUUACAAUACUAUUACUACUACUACUACUACUACUACUACUACUACUACUACUACUACUACUACUACUACUACUACUACUACUACUACCACUACUACUACCACUACUACUACCACUACUACUACUACUGCAUAUAACAGAGAACUCAGAUCAUACUCAAUAAUUAUGAAGAAUAUUUUAUUGAAUAGCUAUGCUGUACUACUAUUUAAAGCUGAAGGUUUCCUAUUAGACCAGAGGUUCGCUGUGAACAUUUAA